GCAAAUUGUGGGCUAUUAGUGAUGAAUAACCGUUUAAAGAAAACAUGGCGACCCUCAAAGAAAUUCCAGAUGUUACUGGUUUUAGAAAUGCGAUUAAAGAAACCACUGGCCUUGUGGUGGUGCACUUCUCUGCCAGCUGGGCGCCUCAAUGUGGGCAGAUGAAUGAAGUGCUCUCUGAACUAGCCAAGGACCCAGGCUACAUUAAUGUUACCUUCAUUAAGUUGGAAGCAGAGGAUGUGCCUGAGAUUUCAGAAGAAUAUUCCAUAUCAGCCGUACCCACUUGUGUAUUUGUAAGGAGAGGUAAGCUCCUAGACCGCCUGGAUGGUGCAAAUGUUGCUGAGUUGACAAAGAAAGUGAAACUAUUGGCAUCCCAGUCUGAUGUGUCCGUCCCCUCAAUGCCAGAGCCACCUAAAGAGGAUCUCAAUUCAAGACUGAAGAGGCUCAUAAAUACAGAGGAAGUCAUGCUGUUCAUGAAGGGGAAUCCAUCGGAGCCAAAAUGUGGUUUCAGUCGUCAGAUUGUACAGAUUCUCAACGAGAACAACGUCAAGUUCGGCUCAUUUGACAUACUGGCUGAUGAGGAGGUCAGACAAGGUUUGAAGACCUAUUCCAACUGGCCCACAUACCCUCAGCUGUACUCCAAGGGAGAGCUGCUGGGAGGUCUGGACAUCGUGAAGGAACUAGCAGAGAGCGGGGAACUUAAGUCCCAGCUGCCUGCACAGCAGUCACUAGAUGACAGACUCAAGGGUCUUAUCAACAAGGCCCCUGUGAUGGUAUUUAUGAAGGGAGAAAAGGCAGUGCCAAGAUGUGGAUUCAGCAAGCAGACGGUAGCAAUCUUGAAUGAUACUGGGAUUGACUACGACACAUUUGACAUACUUUCUGACGAGGAAGUGCGCCAGGGUCUGAAGACAUUCUCGAACUGGCCUACAUACCCACAGCUCUACGUGAAGGGGGAGCUUGUUGGUGGGCUAGAUAUAAUCAAGGAGCUGCAGGAGUCAGGUGAACUUCUUACAAUACUCAAGGACGGUCAGUGAGCCAUACAGACCCCAUGCCAUGUUUGAACACUGAGAGAAAAUCACGUUAUUCUUCUGUCAUGUGACGUUUGACUAUCCAACAAGUGCUAGUGAACUUACGUUUAGACGUCAGCAAAGUUAUCAGAUCUUAUAAGUACUACAAAUUCGUGGAUGUGUGUUAUGCUGCUAUUUUAAACUGUGGUUUUGUAACUUUGUCUAUAGUGCAUGUUAUACAAUGUUCAUCAACUUCUGACUUCGUUCAUGUGUCAAUAGAGGUUUGAUGCAAAUAAUUGAAUUUCCUUUCAGAAGAUUGAAUUUACCAAUUGAAACAAAAAUUAAAUAUUGGUAUUAAUCACAUAUUCAGAACCAUGAAAUAUAUGUUUAAAACAAAUAA